ACCUACCUCGCCGUUAACACACACGCAGACGUCCCACCCGAACGGAACCCUAGCUCCUCCUCGUCGGCGUCGGCGGCCAUGGCGUCGGCGGCGGCGCCGAAGCGGUGCUACUACGAGGUUCUCGGCCUCCCCCUCGACUGCUCCCCGACCGACAUCAAGCUCGCCUUCCGCCGCCUCGCGCUCGCCCUCCACCCCGACAAGCAGCCGCCCGGCUCCGACACGGCCGCCGCCACCGCCGCCUUCCAGGAGCUCCAGCACGCGCACUCCGUCCUCUCCGACCCGCAGGAGCGCGCCUACUACGACUCCCACCGCUCCCAGAUCCUCUUCACCGACACCUCCUCCGGCGGCGCCCGCGGCGCAUCCGCUUCCCCCGUCCCCGACCUCUUCUCCUUCUUCUCCGCCUCCGUCUUCUCCGGCUUCUCCGACUCCGGCCGCGGCUUCUACAAGGUCUACGGCGACGUCUUCGACAGGGUCCUCGCACAGGAGCUCGCCUACGCCCGCCGCAUGGGCAUGCCCGCCGACUCCGUCGCCACGCCGCCGGUGAUCGGCAAUCUCGACUCCCCCUACGCCCAGGCCACCGCGUUCUAUAACUACUGGCUCGGGUUCGGCACGGUCAUGGAUUUCGGGUGGGCGGCCGAGUGGGACGCCGCGCGGGGGGAGAACCGCCGGGUCAGGAGGCUCAUGGAGGAGGACAACAAGAAGGCGAUGCGCAAGGCGCGGCGGGAGUACAACGAUGCCGUCAGAGGGCUCGCGGCGUUCUGCAAGAAGAGGGAUAAGAGGAUGGUGGACAUGGCGCUGAAGAGGAAGGCCGAGGAGGAGAAGAAGAAGGCCGAGGAGAUGGCGAGGAAGAAGGAAGAGGAGAGGAGAAAGAAGGAGCGGGUGAUGGCGUAUCAGGAGCCUGAGUGGGCGAGGGUGGAGGAGGAUGAGGCAGGGUUUGAGGAGGAUGAGGAAGAGGAGAUGAAGGCGAAGAGGAAGGACGAGCUGUACUGCGUGGCAUGUAAUAAGAAGUUCAAGUCGGACAAGCAGUGGAAGAACCAUGAGCAGUCAAAGAAGCAUAGAGAUAAGGUGGCUGAGCUGAGGAUGGUAUUUGAAGAAGAGGAGGAGGCUUUGAAGGAGGCUGAAGAGGAGUUAGAAGAAGUUGAUGUGGGAUUUGAUUUUAAACCUGCACAAGAAUCAGAGGAGAGUGAUUUUUCAGAUGCUGCAGAAGAGUUAGCUGAAGAAUUGAGCGAGGGUUUAGAGGUGCGUGAUGAAGAGAGUGAUGAUGUGAACAUGGAUAAUGCGGAGCAAAAGGUUGGUUCGUAUGAUGAAACCAGUGUGUUAGAGGAAAUGCUAUCGAGACGCAAGAAUCAGAAUAGUGGUUUUGUUCCGCUUCAAGAGGAAGCUUCACCGCGUGGUGCCAUGGGUGACGGCGACGAAGCCGAUACAAGCUAUGAGAUUAAUAAUGUCAAAAAGAAAGGACGCCGGAGGCGGGCAGCUAAGAAGGGUCAAGGUGAAGGUACUUGUGCUGAUAAUGGGCAAGGUAUGAAGAGUGUUAUUCAGCCUGAGGAAUCUAGGCAUGACAAUGAUGAAAAUGGUGUUGAUGAUAAGAUGGAAGGUCCAUCCUCUAAUGAAGAGAAUGCUUCAGCAAGUAAAGAAGAUCAGCUUAAAGGAAAGACCGGCAAUACUAAAAAGAACAAAAAGAACAAGAAAGGCACAGAAAAGAGCACAGCUAUACCUGCUGAACAAAAGGAUACAUUGAAGGGAAAGAAGCAAAGGGAGGUUUCCAAGGCACCCAGUAAUGACUGCGAAACGUGUGGAAGGACGUUUGACUCAAGGAACAAGCUAUUCUCUCACUUGGAAGAGACAGGUCACGCAAUGCUGAAGACACGACAAAAAAAUCGCUGAAGAGGGCAAGCAAAAAGUAGUUAUUUUCCUUUUUUUACCGUUUUGUUUCGGUUGAUGCUGAUUGAUUAGCACAUUCGACCAAAAAGUCGUAUGGUUUAUAGCUCAAUUUUGAUAUGUGUAGUAGAGCAAUUUUCCUUCUUCCUGGAGAGUGGAGGUGUUACCAUUUGUUGUAUUGGUUCUUGGUACAGAAUGGGAACUAAUUAUUAUUAGUAAUUCUUCAAUCGAAAUACACACCACGUUGCAACUUUUCUUCUU